CUACCGACAGGAGCAAACAUAAUUCUUCUUCCUACAAAUUCGAUCAGCAUGUUGGCUAAGAUUUCCAUAUUUGUGACCCUCGUCUGCCUGGCUCAAGCUGGUCUACUGCCCGUGAAAACAUCCGGAAGUGAGGACACCUAUGAUUCGCAUCCGCAGUACUCAUUCAACUAUGAUGUUCAGGAUCCAGAGACAGGAGAUGUCAAGUCGCAAUCGGAGACUCGGGAUGGCGAUGUGGUCCGCGGUCAGUACUCCGUGAAUGAUGCCGAUGGUUACAGACGAAUCGUGGACUACACCGCCGACGAUGUCCGUGGAUUCAACGCAGUGGUGCGGCGUGAACAACUGUCUAGUGCCGCGGUGGUUGUGAAGCCACAAGCUGCAGCAGUCGCUCCCAAAGUUCAGUUGCAGUCUUUGAAGAAGCUGCCAGCCCUGAAGCCGCUUUCUCAGGCAUCGGCUGUGGUGCACCGAUCCUUCGCACCGGUGAUCCACCACGCCCCAGUGACCCAUGUCGUGCACCACGCAGCUCCAGCGCAUUCCUUCGUCUCCCACCACGUUCCUGUUCUGAAGACCACUGUGCACCACGCUCCUCAUCCCCACGCCAUUUCGUAUGUGUUCUAG